CUCUAUCCCCCCUCCUCUAAUCCUCCCCAUCCCCCUGUUCCAUUCCCAGAUUAUCCAUUUUUAUUAAUUUGUUUACGUAUUAGCUCUAUAAAGGAUUAAAAAUUGUUCACCCUAUCUCAAUCCUAUACGCCUCUCCUUCACUAGCAUCUCAUCGGCGCAUCCAGACACACAGACACACAAACUUGACAUACACACCGGACCGCUCGCCAAUACAACACAGCAGCGAUGGAGACCACCAAACUGCCCCCGACCAGCCCGUCCUCCCCGACCACCGGGUUCUCGGUACCUUCAGCGGAGAAGGUGGAUGGGUUUCCCCGGCGCUCGAUGCGUAGAGCCCGGCAGAGGCGCUCCCACUCCUCGUCCCAGUUCCGCUACCAGAGCUCCCAGGUCGAGCUAACGCCACUGCCGCUGCUCAAAGAUGCCCCUGUGGCAGAGCUCCAUGACCUGUUCUGUAAGAAGCUGCAGCAGUGCUGCGUCCUCUUUGACUUCCUGGACUGUGUGGCUGACCUGAAGGGGAAAGAGAUCAAACGAGCUGCGCUUAACGAACUGGUGGAGUCUGUUGCUACAAGCAGAGGAGUUCUGAUAGAGCCACUCUACCCAGAGGCUAUUAAGAUGAUCUCAGUGAAUAUCUUCAGGACAUUACCUCCCAGUGAGAACCCAGAGUUUGACCCGGAGGAGGAUGAACCCACUCUAGAGGCCUCCUGGCCACACCUGCAGCUGGUGUAUGAAUUCUUUCUGCGUUUCCUGGAGAGCCCAGACUUCCAGCCCUCCAUGGCCAAACGCUACGUUGACCAGAAGUUUGUUCUUCAGCUGUUGGAAUUGUUUGACAGUGAGGAUCCGAGGGAGAGAGAGUACCUAAAGACCAUCCUGCAUCGUGUCUACGGCAAACUGCUCGGCCUGCGGGCAUACAUACGCAAACAGAUCAACAAUAUCUUUCUCAGGUUUAUCUAUGAGACCGAGCACUUCAACGGUGUGGCAGAGCUACUGGAGAUCCUGGGCAGCAUUAUAAACGGGUUUGCUCUGCCCUUGAAGUCGGAACACAAACAGUUCCUGGUUCGAGUCCUGAUCCCUCUACACACAGCCAAGUCUCUGUCCAUCUUCCAUGCACAGCUGGCGUACUGUGUGGUCCAGUUUAUGGAGAAAGAUUCUACUGUCACAGAAUACAUCAUACGAGGGCUCCUCAAAUACUGGCCCAAAACCUGCACCCAGAAAGAGGUGAUGUUCCUAGGGGAGAUCGAGGAGAUACUGGAUGUGAUCGAGCCAUCUCAGUUUAUCCGUGUUCAGGAGUCUCUCUUCAAACAGAUCGCUGCCUGCAUCUCCAGCCCACACUUCCAGGUAGCAGAGAGGGCCUUGUACUUCUGGAACAACGAGUACAUCUUGUCUCUGAUAGAGGAGAACUGUCAGGUGAUUCUACCGCUGGUCUUCGCCACACUCUACAGAGUGUCCAAGGAGCACUGGAACCAGACUAUAGUCUCUCUGAUCUACAACGUUCUGAAGACCUUUAUGGAGAUGAACAGCAAGCUGUUUGAUGACCUCACUGCCUCUUACAAAGUGGAAAAACAGAAGGAGUUGAAGAGGGAGUGUGAGCGUGCAGAGCUGUGGCGGGGGCUGGAGGAGCAGCAGGAGAGGAGACUGCAGAUCCUGGGGGAGGCCAGUCGCAAUCAGAAGAACCUCCAGGAGAGAGGGGAGCCUCCUCAGCCCUCCUCCACACAGACGGCAUUCCCUGAGCAGCCAAACCCCGAGCUCAGCGGAGCCUCUUCUAACACCUAGAACCAGACAGCGGAGGAUCAGUACCAGGAUACAUAGAGUACUUAGCGGACAUACAGAGACAGUAUGCACAUAGCCAAACACACACAUGUACACACGAAGGAGCAGACGCACACGCUCAAACACACACACACACACACCCACACA